UCAUAGCUCCUGUACUCACCCCAUGCACUGGCUGCUAUGCACAUUCCGCGCGGCUCAGGCGCUGCUUGUGAGUCAAAAAAAUAUGCGAGUGAGGCACGAAAUGGGCUUUGGGUUCCUGUCGAGAGCCGCUGUUAACUCCGUGUGACUGGGCUUGUGUUGUGGGGCUGGUUAGCUAGUAGUCUGACAACAACCGGCGAUGACUAGGCUGUCAUCUGCUAGCUUACUUAUUCUCAUCUGCGAUGAUCUGAUGCAAAUAGUCUCCUAGACGACGCCUCCCCGUCGUGGAUGAAUAAGUUGGGGAAAAGUAGUGAUUCUACGCCGUCGUCGUUGAAGUGCGGCGGAGCUGUCACUAAGUUGUCUCUCGCUGUCGGUGCGCGAUGUUCUCAUUAGAACACGCACGCACAUUUCCGCGCGUGGAGUGUCAGUCGUGAUACAGACGGACGCCCGUGCGCGCGCGCGCGCGCGCCCCCCGCUCGCCAGGAGCGUCUGCAAAUAGCGCCUCUCGUUAUAACGACGGAGGGAAGUGUUUCCACCUGCAAAGGCAAGUGUUAAAAGGUGAUAACAAAAGGUUGACGUCACCGGACUCAUCCUGAUUCUGCCGCACAACCUCGACCACUGAGGAGGUGGAGGGGGAGUAGUUUUCACAGGAGGAGAGCAGCUUUUUUUGCCAUAACGUCUAAUGGUUCGUGUCUGGAAGGAGAAGGUCUAUCUCUGAUCAAAUUUCGGGUAUCCUACGGGCGCACUUAACUAAUGGGAUCCUAUCGAUGUUUCUGCGCCCUCAAAGCCUGAUCUUUACACGGUGGAAUGUUAAUGUUGCUACAGCCUGUCCGUGUUGUCUUUGGCUGCUCCGAGUCUGGCGAUAUUGUUGUUGUCGGGCUUUAAUGACAUGGAGCUCCUCGGAUAUGAUUAAAAAAUAUACCGCAGUCAGUGAGCGCGGCUGUGUGCGACUGGACGAUGAUCGGACCGACUCUGCACAUGUGUGAGGAGAAGUGUGCGUCCCAUGUUGCAUUAGUGUCUGUGUGAAAUGCUGGCCUGUCUGCCAGGGCCAGGUGACCUCCCCCUCCAGCUUCUCCCCCACACGCAGAUGAACACUGGACUUCAGAAAUGGGACACCACGCAAAGGAUGAGAUCCGCUCCGUUUCCAACGCCUGCAGAAUUGGACGCGUAUGCUAAGAAGGUUGCCAACAACCCGCUCACCAUCAAAAUCUUCCCCAACAGCGUCAAGGUCCCCCAGCGGAACCACGUGCGCCGCACUGUCAACGGGUUGGACACGUCGGGCCAGCGCUACAGCCCGUACCCUUCGUUGCAGGCCACCGCCAAAACGGGCCUCCUCGCCAUCGUCAAGGUCCCCACGGUGAAAGGCAUCCUGAAAGAUUUUGACGGCAGCCGAGCUCGCCUGCACCCUGAAGUGAUCAUGAACCCUCCCACGGGACCCUACCAGGUGGCUUCGACAAGCACUUUAAACCACCACCCACCUCUCCCAAACCUACCCCGGCCCCUGCAGAACUUGCCCAUUCAGCAACAGAACCCACCUCAGACUAUUCAGAUCGCUCUCUCUCAGCAGCAGGGUCACACUCAGAGCCUCAGACACCCUCCCCCCAUGGCCCAGCACCCUCAGGGCCCACCCAGACACCAGACUCUGUCUCAGCACCCGGCCCUCGGACACCCACAGGGACCCCCAACUGUCAUGCUUCAGCAGCAGCAUCUCCAGCAGCAGCCCCCGCCCGGCCUGCAGGGGGCCCGAAAGCUGCCGGAUGGUGAUGCGCCACCCAAUGUUACCGUCUCUACCUCAACCAUUCCUCUCUCCAUGGCCGCCGGGCUGCACCAGGGUCGCCAAGCUGACCUGAGCACCAUUGUGCAUCAGAUCAACCAGUUCUGCCAAGCUCGAGCCCAGGGCGCAGGAGCCACCUCAAUGUGCGAGGGCCAGAUCGCCAACCCCAGCCCCAUCAGCCGCAAUCUGCUUAUCAGCGCCUGCUCCAGGGUGUCCAUGCACAGCAACCCCGCCACCCCAGGCUUCCCCCCGCCCAACUGCAUUAUCGGCCCUCAAGAGAAGGCCGCAGCCGGGGCCCACCCGCCGCCCGGCGUGGCUGCUCUGAACCACUUGCCUUCCAGCCACGCCGAUCUCAAGCAGCAACACCAACUGCAGCAGCAUCUGCAUCUGCAUCAACAGGCGACUCAGCACCAGAUGCAGCACGACGCGCAGCAGCAGAAGAUGCUCUCUUGGAAUCAGCACCAGAUGGCUCACGUGCCCAACAUUCAGAACGGUGGGAGCCACCUCUGCAAGCAGCCCUCCAGGGACCCCGCCUUCCAUUUUAAGAGUAUGAGCUACCCUGCAGAGGUGUGUGUGGGUCAGCCUUACACAUUGAAGCCUCCUGUGGAAAGGCCCACCCCCUCUCCCCCAGUCAACAACUGCAGUGGCAUGCCCGGUCACAUGUCCCACUACACUAAUGGGCACUACAUUCAGUCCCACAUCUGGAACAACAACAUCCUCCCCACGCCCAACAGUGACAGCUCCGGGUCUCAGGACAUCGCCUUGCCAUUCCAUGGUGCGGGCCCAGCGGUGGGCACCACACUUGACUGUGGGCCCCCUGGGGCCCCCCAUUACAGGCUGGGAGUGAGCUCCUCCACCUCCUCCUCCGCCCAGACUUCUCUGAUGCAAACAGCAGAUUACUUGGGCGGGGACUUCCAGACGCCCUACUUCCGCGAUCAGAAUCUAGGGUUGAUGGGCAAAAUGCACAGGCCCCCUCUGAGGGUAGGUCCAGAGGUCGGAGACGGCAGAACCACUCUCAUUCAGCACCCAGGGUACAGAUAAGCUAUGGCCUUGUCUACAUGACAAUUAUUAAACCAAUUUGUUUAGUCUUAAAAGAGGAAACACAUGAUUACAACAAAAUUCUUAACUUAAACAAAUGACCGCUAAUGUUAAAGAGGGUAAAUUAAUAUAUUUAAUGAAGAACAGUAAUUUUUUUUAGUUCUUUAUUUAAUCAAUCUUGCAAGUGAUCAAUGCUGCUUUCAUUUCUGUUAAGUGCGUUCACCUGUCACUUUAGGGAUGCUUCUCAUUUGUUUUUGACAGAUCUGGUAUUAACUGUUCCUCAGACAACCAAUAAAAAUCUGCAUGUGAAGAGAAACUGAUUACUGAAAAAAAACAGCUAAUAGAUGUUUUUUACAUGGGUCAGGGAUUUUCUGUUUAGUCUUAAGGGAAGGAUUUUUGGUUUUAUUAAGACAGGUGUUUCAUUUUUAUUCUGGCCUAUAAAGAUAAAACCCAAUCACUUGAAGACAGAAUAGAGAGUAAUGUGCAAAAUGGGAAAAAAAAAACUCCUUAGGCACUGGAGGAUGCAGGUCCAGUUACAGAAAUGGUGAAUGCAUAUGGAGACCUGUGUUUUUUUUUCUUAAUUAUUUAUUUGUAUAAUAGUUGCAAUCAAACACUGAUCAGUUAAGGACGCAUGUAAUGAUGAUGUUUGUGCAUUAGGGAGAAAAAGGCAAUGCUCUGUUCUACAACUAAUUCAGGUGUUUUGUUUAAAAAAAAUCCAACCCAGGAAACUUUGGCAACAAGACUGUGAAAUGUUGUGAUCUGUCAAACUUUGGCCAAAGUUGCAUCACCACAAAAGACACUGUUAUGACAAUGUGCCAUUUUAUUCAUGUUUUCCUUUUUCCUGACAUGACAAAUGUAUUACUUGAAUGUUGAGAUUAUUUGUGUUGCAGGUAUUGAAGGUUAAGUCACACGGACAAAACUCUGGAGAAUAAAAAUGAGUGUCGCUAACGUCGCGUAGAAUCUCAACGACGAGCCUCAGCAGAGUUUUGAUCCUGACGGCGCCGCCGUAGUUGCUACUGAACCCGACGUGAGGUCGGCUCCAAAAGACCAAAUUGAUCACUUGCAAGAUUCGAAGACUGACUUUUUGAGUUUAAAGUGAAACAGCAAAUGCAUUGUUUAUUUUCUUGUACACUGGCUUACCUACUAGACUACUGUAACUUUAAAGUUUAACGAUUGUGUGCGAGCGUUGCCUGCCGCUGUGGGCACAGUUAAGGGUGUGUGUGUGUGUGGGGGGGGGGGCACAGUGUGCAUGUGUAGAUACACAACGAUGCCCAUGUUUAGUUCACAUAACUCCCUAACAGCCCUUAAAAAGCCUUAAGUGUUUGGUCCUUGGACUUUCCUUUGAAAAUGCGCAUGGUUUUAAUCAAAACCCCAAACAAUAAGGAGAACGGUGACGUGAGGAUACGCAGAAAUAGCAUUUUCUGUUUUCUUUCUGGUCAGUUUGUUUUAAUGAAGUUUUGUUAAAUAGAUGAGCAAUUCCUUAGAGAUUCUUUAUUAUGGAAAGCAAGAAAAGGAGUAAUAUUUUGUAAUUAUAUAUUUUAGCAAUGUGUAGUUUUGGAGCUGUAACUCUUUUUUUUCCCUCAAUUUUCAAAGCUUCAGUUUGCAGUUGUGACUAUUUAUAAAACUUGAUUUGCUUGUUAUUUAAAUUUUAUUUUCUCCUUUGUUUCUCGUAUUAUUGCUGUGAAAUGGAAGAAGGUCCAUGAGCCUUUUCGUUUGUGUCAUCUGUACGACAGAGAAGAGGACAAGCGUGAGAGUUGUGCUACUCUUUUUGUAAUAUUGUAAUAAUAAAAUAAAGUUCUAAUUUAUGCUUUGAAA